AUGUUGAAUUCCAUGACACUUGUCAAGGGCGCAUUCGUCUCGCCAUGUAUCUUCACCGACUGCACAGAUGACAUGACGAUUGUCCGUGAGGAAAUCUUUGGGCCAGUGCUCUGUCUUCUCUCGUUUGCAAGCGAGGAAGAAGUGAUUUCGCGUGCAAACGACACCCCAUAUGGGCUUGCUGCCGGCGUCUUUACAAAUGAUCUCAGACGCGCGCACCGCCUCGCUGCAAAGCUGCAAGCCGGAACCGUGUGGAUCAACGACUACAACCUCUCGCCGGCGCAGCUGCCAUGGGGCGGACAGAAAAAGUCUGGAAUUGGGCGAGAGAACGGGCUGGAAGCGUUGAGUCACUGGUCACAGGCAAAGAGCGUUUAUGUCAAGACGACGGUGUAA